AUGAAAUUAUUAUAUACUAUUAUUGCUGUAAUAUUAAGUUUUACUCUUUUAAUAGAGUUUAGCUAUGCUGUUUGUACCCAAAGAUAUUGUGGUGUAGAAGGUGCCCAGUGUAAUUCAAAUCGUGCUUGUGCAAAGGGUUUCUAUUGUUUAAGCAAUCAAUGCACAAAGGGAAAGGAUGAAUUAGAGACAUGCUCACACGUUCAACAGUGCCGUCCUGGUUUAAGCUGUGUUAACCAUGGUCAAUUUAGAGUUUGCAAAGCUGCUCAUUUUUUAGGUGCUGGUGAAAAAUGCACUGAAAAUUUAGAAUGUUACGGUUCAUUAAAAUGCACUAAAGGAUUAUGCAAAUUAAACAAAGGUGCAAAUUGUACAAUGGAUGAAGAGUGUGGUCACCAUGGAUACUGUAAAGGAAUUGCCUGUCAAACUAGAUUGCAACCAGGCUCAGAUUGUCUUUUCAAUGAAGAUCAAUGUUGCCAUGGUUAUGUUUGUGGUAAAGUUGAUGAAUACACCGAUUAUAAAAAGGGUAAAUGUAUUCCAAUGUUUUCAAAGAAAAGUGGUGAAUCAUGCUUCUCUCAAUAUGGUGAAUGUGAUAUGGCUGAUGGAUUGUUUUGCCCAUCUACCAGUGGUAUUACUUCGACUUGUGCUGAUAUCGAUAGAUUCAAUAUUAAGUGUAAAACCUCAAGUGACUGUGACACAAUGUGGGAAGAAUGUGAAUGUAACGGUAACAAAACCAAUUUAUCAUGCCAUAGCAAAUUCAAUAUAGAUUCAACUUGUUCAAAAUUAUAUUUAGCUCUCCAAAACUGUGCCUCUGCUAAAGACUGUACCAUUAAAACCAAUAUCAACGAUGCCAGUGAGCUCAAUGAAAAUAGUUGUAUUAUGAAAAAAUGUAAAGAACAAGCAUUAUGCUUUUAUUCACGUUGUUUGAAAUUUGAAUUUGGUUGCAAAAUGCCAGAAGGACUUCAAUGUACUGGUGAAGGUGCCGCUGAAGCUUUUACUAAUUUCACUUUACCAGCAAGAACUGGUUUAUAUAAUGAUAGCUAUGGAGAAGAUGCUGAAGCCACUAAAAAACCAAAACCAGGUUCAACAGGUACCGCUAUUGGAAGUGAAGAAGCAUCAACUGAAAGUGAUUCAGUUAGUGAUGAAUUUGCAAACAAUGAUAAUUCAGAAAAAGGUAACAAUAGCAAAGACAAUGGAUCCAAAAACAAUGAUGAAAACAAUGAGAAAAACAGUGCCUCAAUUGUAUAUAUUUCUUUAACAUUGACAUCAAUUUUAUUAUCAUUAUUAAACUUAUUUUAA